AUGCGUGAUCUAUGAUAAAUUAAUGAAGCUUCCAUCCAAUUCCCAUUUUUAGGGUUGUUAAAAUCACAAUCUCUGCUGUGAAUUCAUUCAUGUUUAAUAAUACCACCUCAUUUCAUGACCCUAUUCUUCAAAUUAGGGUUCUCAAGUUUCCCACAGUAAAUGAUUUUUUUGCAAUCAACUCUUCCCACCACCUCUGACUCUUCCCGUAUUCUUCUUCACCUUUCGCCAUCUCUCUGCCCAUGUAAGCUCGAUCAUCAUGGACUCCCACUCAAUCGAAGAAUUUUUCCAAUUAGAAAAUUUCACAACAAUUCUCGCCCAAGAUGGCUUCUUCGGGCUUGUAUGCUUCCAACUGAUGGUGGAAACCACAAUCUCAGCAUCGAAAUCCCCAAUUCCGCAAGGAGGGGAGCCAAAUUUUACGUAGUCAAACGUUUUGCAGAUGAAUUGGAUGGUAAUGGCAAAUUGCAAUUACCUCAAGACUCAAUUCAUGUGGGUAUGGGUUCAAAUUUUACUAGCUUUCAAGAAGACCCAAUUGUAGAUAAGCUAAGGACUCAAUUAGGGGUUAUUCAUCCUCUUCCUUCGCCGCCGAUUAAUCGGACUAUUGUAGGCUUGUUUGUGUUUUUUUUCUUUGUUGGGGUCGCUUCGGAUAAACUCUGGACAUCAAGGAAGAGGAAUAAACUUGGGGGUGACGGUAGACCAGGUACUUGGCCUCAGGUGCCCACAAGUUUUUCUUUGUUUUUUGAGAAGGAUUUGCAGAGGAAAGAGUCUGUGGAAUGGGUAAACAUGGUUUUGGGGAAGUUGUGGAAGGUUUAUAGAGGUGGAAUUGAGAACUGGCUUAUUGGGUUGCUUCAGCCAGUUAUUGAUAAUCUGAAGAAGCCUGAUUAUGUGCAGAGAGUUGAAAUAAAGCAGUUCUCAUUAGGGGAUGAGCCAUUGUCUGUUAGGAAUGUUGAGCGCAGAACUUCGCGCCGGGUCAAUGAUUUGCAGUACCAAAUAGGCCUCCGUUAUACUGGUGGUGCUCGCAUGUUGUUGAUGCUUUCACUAAAUUUUAGCAUUAUACCAAUUGUUGUGCCAGUUGGUGUUCGAGAUUUUGACAUUGAUGGGGAACUUUGGGUCAAGUUACGAUUGAUACCAUCAGAGCCUUGGGUGGGAGCUGUUUCAUGGGCCUUCGUUUCACUUCCGAAGAUAAAGUUCGAAUUGUCACCAUUUCGUUUGUUCAAUCUAAUGGCAAUUCCUGUUCUCUCAAUGUUUUUGAAAAAACUUCUCACUGAGGAUUUGCCUCGGCUUUUUGUACGUCCAAAGAAGAUUGUUUUAGAUUUUCAGAAGGGAAAAGCAGUUGGUCCGGUUCCAAAUGAUUUAAAGUCAGGAGGAAUGCAAGAAGGAAAUAAAGAUUUUGUUGGAGAAGCAGUUGGUCCUCUGCCAAAUGAGUUUAAGUCAGGAGGAAUGCAAGAAGGAAAUAAAGAUUUUGUUGGAGAAUUGUCUGUAACUCUUGUAGAUGCUCGGAAGCUUUCUUACAUUUUCUUUGGCAAAACUGACCCAUAUGUUGUUCUAAGCUUGGGAGAUCAAGUUAUACGUAGUAAAAAGAACAGUCAAACCACUGUGAUUGGGCCUCCUGGUGAGCCAAUUUGGAAUCAGGACUUUCAUAUGCUGGUUGCAAAUCCUAGAAAACAAAAAUUACAGAUCCAAGUCAAGGACUCCCUUGGAUUCACAGAUUUGACUAUUGGUACAGGAGAGGUUGAUCUGGGACCUCUUAAAGAUACUGUACCAACAGACAGGAUCGUAGUCUUGCGAGGUGGUUGGGGACUGUUCAGAACGGGAUCCUCUGGAGAAAUACUACUUCGAUUGACAUAUAAAGCAUAUGUUGAGGACGAAGAAGAUGAAAGGACUGAAGAAGAAUCUUUGGAUACAGACGCUUCGGAUGAUGAGUUAUUUGAUUCAGAUGAAGCAGAUGGAACCUACAAGCAGCGUAUCAGGGAUUCGUCUGAUGGGGUGGAUAAAGAAUCACUUAUGGAUGUUCUAGCAGCUUUGAUUGUCAGUGAGGAAUUUCAAGGGAUAGUGGCAUCUGAAACUGGAACUACCAAAUUUUUGGAUGAUGCUAAAAGUACAUUGUCAACAAGAUUAAGCUCACGUGGUGUUAAUGAUGAAUCCUCGCCAUCAAAUCCUGAUAAUGCUUCUGAAGGCUCUGGAGUGUAUUCAUUUGCAGGGUCAGCUUUGGCUGGGCUUGCUGUGAUCACAGGUAUCUUGAUCCUUAUUGCCAUUAAUAUGGGUGGUUCAGGUUUUUUCAAUCCCUGAGAUGUGAGAGUUUGUGCAGUGCAGUACAUAUAUUUGGGUUGGCAACAUUUUCUCUAUGUAUUUCUUGAAGACAGGCACAUCCUAUGCAUCAUUUUUGUUUGUAUAUCUAUCUCCUUGUGUUCAUUAUUUGGAUUUGAGGGUAAUAAGCAGAGCAAUUUUCUUCGGCGGCAGGAAGUUUUUGCCUCUCACAUGUUUAUAACUAUAGAUUUGAUUGGAUAUGUAGUCAUUGAUCAUAUAUUAUGUUAUACAAAUCACUUUUUAAACAGAUUAAAGAUACUUGCACCGAAACAGCAACGUAGGACUCACACACUAGAAAAUGUAGUUGCACAGAAACGGAUCACAAAACAAUCAAGUGGUGGGGAUCUGCAUCUUUGUGAUUGUUUUUUGUGAUAUAUUUUUGUGCAUGUAGAAUUCUUAUUUGCUAGUUUUGUUUAGCAAUAAAUGCUGCCAUUAGUGGCCAA